UUUUAAUUCAUUCUUCCACCUCUGAAUCCAAGCGACCCCUAGAGUAGCCGAACAAAAUAAGGCUCGCAAAAUUGUUGUUUAUUUUUGCUCGUUUGCUUGAAUGAAUUGAGGGAAAGCUUAUGAAUUCAAUGAUCUUCUACAACUCAAUGACUACAUGUGCAUCUUUUACAUACAGCAUAUUGAUUCAUGUUCUUCCAGAAAAAAUUUGGUCUUUUCCCUUUGCUUCUCAAUUCAUGUUACAUCUCCCUUCACCAUAUCUCUCCAAAAUUCCAACUAUUAUCUACAUUACCCAGAUGGAAUACAAGCACAAACAACGUAACAAUCACAAACCCGGUUCUUCUUUUGAUGGAACAAUGCUCUUCAAUGGCAGAACUCAAACAAAUACAAGCUCAUAUGACGCGCAAAGGUCUCAUCUUUCAUGUCUUUCCUGUAAGUAGAAUCAUAGCUUUCUGUGCUUUAUCUAACUAUGGUGAUAUGAGUUAUGCUCGUUUAGUUUUUGAUUUCAUUCCUAACCCAAAUGUUUACAUUUGCAAUACUAUGAUUAGGGGUUAUUCUAAAGCUGAUAGACCUUUAAUGGGUAUCUCAUUAUUCUGUAAAAUGGUUAAAGAGAAGGUUGAAAUGGAUGAGAGAAGCUUUGUUUUUGCACUUAAAGGGAUUGGAAAAAUUUCGGGUAUUGGAUGGGGUAGAGGGGUUCAUUGUAGGAUAUGUAAAGUAGGUUUUGAUUCAAGUGUGUUGGUACAAAAUGGUUUGCUCCAAUUCUAUGCAGAUAGUGGGUGUUUGAGCUGUGCACAUCAAGUGUUUGAUGAAAGUCCUAUGAAAGAUGUUGUGACUUGGACUGCUAUGAUUGGUGGGUAUGUGCAGAGAAAUGAUCCUGAUGAAGCUUUGAUGCUUUUUGAGAUGAUGAUCAUGUCUAGUGAGACAGUUCCAAAUGAAAUUACAAUGAUCACCGUGCUCUCGGCAUGUACUCUUAAGGGGUAUUUGAACUUGGGAAGGAGAAUGCAUUGUUUUAUAGAGAAAUUUAAUGUUAGUCACACUCUAAAUUUGAUGAAUGCCUUGUUGGAUAUGUAUGUCAAAUGUGGUUGUUUGACGACUGCAAGACGAAUUUUCGAAGAAAUGGAGGGAAAGGAUGUUUUCUCUUGGACUAGUAUGGUAAAUGGUUAUGCAAAACAUGGUGAUUUAGAAAUGGCUUGGAAGUUCUUUCAUGAAAUGCCUGUGAAAAAUGUGGUAUCUUGGAAUGCAAUGAUUGCAGGAUGUGCUCGAAAUAAUCAGCCUAAGGAGGCCUUAGAAUUGUUUCAAGAUAUGCUAAAAGGCGGUUUAAUUCCCAUCGAGGCUACUUUGGUGCCCGUGCUCUCUGCUUGCGCUCAAUCGGGUUGCCUCGAGCUGGGGAAAUGGAUUCAUGAACAUUUUCUUUAUCAAAAGCAAAUAGAAUUUAGUGCUUCUUUAGGAAACGCAUUGAUUGAUAUGUAUGCCAAGUGUGGUAGAAUUGAUAUAGCCGAGCAACUCUAUAAUGAUAUGCCAAAUCGAGACUUAGUAUCAUGGAACUCCAUGAUUGUUGGGUAUGCAGAUCAUGGGAACGCAAACAAAGCUUUGAUCCUGUUUGAUAAGAUGAAAGAUCAGGGUAUAAAGCCCGAUGAUAUCACCUUCAUUGGCAUUCUAUCAGCGUGUAGUCAUGCCGGGUUAGUUGCUGAAGGACAGAAACACUUUAGUAGCAUGCAGCCGACUUUUGGAUUGGAGCCUAAAAGCGAGCAUUAUGCUUGUAUGAUCGAUUUACUUGGCCGUGUUGGAUUGAUACGAGAAGCGUAUGACAUGAUAGGAAAUAUGACUAUGGAACCCGAUGAAGCUGCGUGGGGUGCUUUGCUUAACGCGUGUAGGAUGCAUGGAUACGCUGAUCUUGGUAAAAUUGCCGCUGAUAAGUUGAUCAAUCUAAAUCCAGAGGAUAGCGGGACAUAUGUACUUUUAGCGAAUCUGUGCUCCAAGGAGAAAAGAUGGGCGGACGUUAGGAAUGUUAGAAGCAUGAUGAGACAUAAGGGUGUUAAGAAGACUCCGGGACAUAGUUUCAUAGAGGUGGAGGGUGACUAUCAUGAAUUUUCGGCUGCCAAUGAUUCUCAUCCUCGAUCAAAAGAUAUAUACAAGAUAUUAAACGAAAUAUAUGCCAUAUCUUUUCUUGAAGGUGCAGCAAGUUCAUACCAGUCGAUACAUUGUUUCGAGAAAGACGAUACAAUACCCUUUAAUGGCUGAGUUCUUUGAAAUAAUAGACGUUUCACUGGAUUUAAACGAAAAGGCAGCAUUCAUACAAAAGUGAGCGAAAAGCGCUAAAAUGUCGAGAAUGUGUACAUUGAUGAAGUUCAUAUUAUUCGAGUAAAAACUUCAUCGGCGUGGGGCUUGUCAGGUUCAAACCUGCAUUGUGGUAGCUUAUUAUCGGAAUUUCCUUGCUGUAUCGCUCUACUUUGGUAAUCAUCCUCGGUUCUUUGGACUGCUCUCCAUGAGAAAAUUUCGUCGAGUUAGAUGCUAUGCAAAAGAAUCAUUAGAGAUGUUCAUCAAGACGAUACGAUAUGCACUUCAAAUCUUCUGCUCCAUUACUGUAAUUAGGGUUUUACAUGGCUGCAUGAAUGAUGGUGUUCCUAUAAGAUUAUAAGAAAAUAGAUGAUGUAUUUUAGUUGUAGUUAAAUUCCAUGUAAUUCAAACACAGUAUUACUUCCCCAUGUAUUUAUUAAUGCUAACAAGUAACAAGAGCAUCAAAGAAAUAUCCAUAAAUCAUAAUGUUUCUAAACUGUAUUAUCCCCAUUUUUUAAAAACUAAUUCCAAGCUU